AUGAAUGAGCCUUUGAAUGGCAAUCGGUUCCUAAUUGACGUCCGAAACAUAGCCGUUCAGAUAGCAGCUCUGAGCCACGGCCAUAAGCUCGACGAUAGCAUCAUCGCAAACGUGGUUCACACUCUUUUCCCAGUGGAGGCAUGGGCAAGCAAGUCGAAUAAGCAGCGUUUGAGGGAUGAUUUCCGACGUACACUCAAGUGGGACUCUAUCGAAACCGAAAAACAGCUUUUUGGUGCCGCGCUUUGCACCAAUACGCUAUCGUACAUUCGGCAGUCUACAAAACUACAAGAUGCCAUGUUGUCAAAUCCUAAGAGCCCCAAUAACAGCUGUGUAUUUGGAGACUAUGUUGAGCUCGCCGCAAGAUUUGGCAACGAGGAACUUCUAGAGUAUCUCAUGACCAGCGAAGCAUCCGAUCUCGGCCCAAGGUUAAGAUUCCAACUUUUUCAGUCUGCAGCAAAAGGAUGUCGGAUAGACAUUGUUCGAUUCCUAUACAACUUCCGCAGCGAGGACUGGCCGUGGCAUUUCGAAAGCUCCACAACUUGGGGCAAGGGCCCACUGUACGACAUCCGCGCAAGCGUUCGCGAUCCUCAGAUAUGGGACUUCAUUGAGGCCUUGCGCAUCGCUCAUGGCAUGUAUCCGACCGGUAGGAAACAGCUUUACGGCAGGAUCCGUCAUUGCGCAGCACUUGGCAGGAUGGAUAUGGUUUCGCAUCUAAUCCGAGUCGCCGCACAUACCAAUGAAGAUCGGAAUCGGCACUCAGUCUGCAUGUCUUUCAUAUCGGACUACGAGGUCUCAUGUAAACUCCGAAACGAGGGAGUCAAGCACGCCAUCGAUCGUGGCUACGUACCUAUCGUCGAGCUUCUACUAGACGAUGGGGCCGACCCGAAUCAAGCUCUUGCGAGCGCUGCUCGCUAUGGCCAACACAAAGUCUUGAAACUGCUCUUAGAUCGUGGGGUCAACAUCAGCGAUGCGGUUGUCGAAGUGGGCAUGAAUGAAAGCCGCACAGUAGUACCCACCAAGCUCUUAGCGAAUAUGGAAAGAGGGCCUUAUCUGGACGUGGUCGGGCUACUUCUUGACGCCGGUGUAGACGUAAAGGAAAGCAUCGGCAAGGAUAGUCCUCUCGCAGGAGCGAUCGCCGCAGAACAUACAGCGCUGUUUGAGUUCCUUCUCGAACGAGGAGCGAAUCUGCAUUCCCCUGGGACAGCAGAGGAGUGCGUACGAAGAGCGAAAAAGGGUGGGCUGGAGUCUAUGCUACUGCUGCUCGAAAAGCAUGGGGUUGAUGUUAAUGUUGAGUUGGAAGAAGGGGUAUGA